AGCACAUGGCUGACAUGUGGCCGGAUUUUAUGAAUUUCAGGCUGUUUCAUCUGCAGUAGAGUUCACAAACCAACCCAAUCUCUUUCUCCUCGGCUUGCAAAAUGCUAUUGAUUGUUGUUGCUUUGUUUUCAGAAGGAAAGUUGAACACUUUACUCCACUUUUUUAUUGUCCCCUUGUUGAUCCUUGUCUCUUUCCAGUAAUUGUAUAACUAUCCCAAGCAUACACAGACAGAGAGACACAUCUACAAAACCAGCCCCAGAUAAUCUCACUGUCCAGAAAUAAAUGCCCAUCAAUUUAGUGAAAGAAAAUUGUACCUACAUAUAAACUUUUUAAGCUUUUGAUUAACCAGAGAAACACCUUUUCUCCCUUAGAUUAUCCCAUUGGCGUCUAGUUGGGAGUUACCUUUUUGAUCUAACUGGACUUGAACCAACCCUGAGUCUAAUUCGGAAUAUGCCCUCUUGCUUAGAUAUCCUCCUUUGUCAUUUAAAGGCAAAACCAGAGAAAAUCUGACGCUGAGAUGAGGCUUCUGGAUUUUAGUUCUUAGUUAGGAACAAGAAAGAGCAAGCGCCUUUUAUUUUUUAUUUAAGCAGCACUUUGGUACUCCAUAGAGAGGAGAAUACUAUGGCAUCAGCUUCUUCAGUUUCUGGUCCUGAAAAAUCUUCAACCAAUGAUGAGUUCUUCAUGCAUCAGAGCUUACUCUUUGCAGAUACUCUGAAGGAUUUGAAGAACUUGAGGAAACAAUUGUACUCAGCAGCAGAAUUUUUUGAAAUAUCUUACAGCAAAGAGUCCCAGAAACGAAUAGUGGUGGAGAGUGUGAAAGAUUAUACUAUCAAAGCUCUGAUCAAUACAGUGGACCACCUGGGUUCCAUAGCAUUCAAAGUCAAUAAUCUUGUUGAAGAAAAAUUUGCUGAAGCUUCUCAAACAGGACUCCAGUUGACUUGCCUGGAACAGAGAGUAAAGUCAUGCCAAGAGUAUACCAUUGGCGGGGGGCUUUUGCAGCAUUCUUUGGUGAUAAUACCUCCCAAGCACCAUAAGGGUUAUAUCUUGACAGAUGAAGAGACCACUGAUGUUCUCGGCCAGAACCCAUCAAGCUAUGAAGAUAGCAGUAUGAACGCUGAAGAGGACUUGACUCAGCUUGAAAUUGCUGCUCAAGUAACAACUACAGAGAGCCCUUCAACUUAUCUCAGACAAGUGCAGUACACAUUGCAAUCUCCACAGCCUUCCUCAAGACAAGGAAUGUCUUUUUUUACAAGAAUUUCAGGCAACAAAACACCAGAGAGACGUGCAGGAGCAGACUCUCCACUUCGCUUUUCAUUUGUGCCUUCAGGAUCACCUCUUAGAAGAUCUUCCUCUCCAAGCCAUUCUAAUGCCAAACGGCGGAGCCCCGGAGGACAGUUUCAUUCUCUGCGUUUGCUGAAAGAAAGAGAAGCAAAGAUUAUGAGCAAAAUUCUGGGACAAGCAAAUGCCUUUUUAAGGCCUUUCUCAGCUUGCACAAGUCUAGAAAAGAUAUCACACUAUACAAAUUCUUAGACGAAAACUGAAAGCAUGAAUAAAUGCAUUUUGUUUUAGGAAUUGAGUAGUAGUUUCAGUUAAGGUUUAUUAUUAUUGGCAAUAGUUUGUACACCAGUGCCUUUUCCUCUCGUCAGUGUCCAAUCUUCUGCUGCUCUAUCUCACAUUUACAGGGAUUUUUAUUGAAUUUUUCACAAUUAAGAUUGGAUUUCUUGGGUGCAAA